CCACUUCUAACAAAAGUAAGAAGAAUUGUCUCAUUCUUUCACAAAUCAACUACAGCAACUGCUCUUCUGAAAUUGAACCAAAAAAACAAGGAGCUCAAACUAAUCCAGGAUGUGUCCACAAGAUGGAACAGUACUUAUGACAUGCUUCAAAGAUAUGUUGAUGAACAUGAAGCAAUCACAGCCACCCUGAGCUCCAGUGAACUAAGGAAAAAUGCGAAAGGCAUUGUGACCUUGAGUCCAGAUGAAAUUACAGAUCUUGAGGCGGUUAUGUGUGUCCUGGGACCAUUGAAGACCAUAACUACAAUUAUGUGUGAUGCAAGACACCCUACAAUUUCUCUGGUAUUGGUGUUUAAAAACAAAAUCACUUCAGCAAUGGUCAUCUCAGAGAAUGAUUCUGAUCUCAUCAAGGCCAUGAAAGGUGCCAUUCGACAGGACAUGACUAAAAGGUACACACAAGUCGAGGUUGAAGAAUUCAUGUGGAUGUGCACAGCACUAGACCCACGAUUUCGAUCACUCCCAGACCUGAGCAGUGAGAAACGAGAGGCGGUGUACACCAACCUGAUUGCCAAAACAGAAACUGUCAAAACACAGGUAAAAUCUGAGGUAUCUCCAGACGCAGCCACACCCAGUACCAGUACAGCUACUGCCCUACCUGCCCUUCCAGCAAUACCAGGCAUGACUGAUGAAAAUGCCAAUAAGGUGGACUUAGCAAUAGAAGUGACCACAGAACCAGAUCAGAAACGGCAGAAAACUGGGAUGGAAGCUUUGCUUGGGGAUGUGUACAUAACACAUACAGAGCCAGGGAUCAGUACUGUGGAAUGUCUGUAUCGGGAGGUGGAGAAAUACCGCUCUGAGAUUGCAUCUCCAUUGGACACUGACCCCCAGGUAUGGUGGAGGAGUCAUGAGAAUGACUAUCCUAAUCUGAGCAGACUGGCCAAGCACACCUUUCAUAUUCCAGCCACAUUUGUUGCAAGCGAGAGGGUCUUCAGUGUAGCCGGUGAUGUUGUGACUGCCACCCGAAGCAGACUGGCCCCAGACAUGGUGGACGUACUAGUGUUUCUAAAGCAUAACUUGUGAAGUUUUGAACUUUCCUGUCAUCACGCAGCACGUUUGGUUUAGUUAUAAUACAGUGUUUGGUUAAUUAACAUUAUGACUUAUAAAGUUAUGGCAAUGGUAUGCCAUUAUGUGUUAGACUCUUGUAAAACAGAAGCAUUUUAAGUGUUGUGACUUUUAUUAUAAAGUAACAUGCCAUGUUGAAUUGUUGACAGUUAAACUAAUGUAUAUAAGUUAAUGUGCUAGAUUGCUAGUAGCCUAGUACCAGUAAAUGAGACAGUGUACUGUGUAGUGUUUGCAAACUUUGCAUAAUAUUUACAUUUUAAUUGAUUAACCUUACAAAGAUGUGCCACACUCUUAAUGUGUUUUGUCUAGUCACUUGUAAGUUGAUGUUUUCUAGUCAUUUGUUUAAGUUUCUUACCUGAUUAAUAUAUUUGACAGUUAAAAUAAAUAUUAACCCAAACA